AUGAAAAGUGUUGCAUUGUUGGCCGUCCUGGUUCUCAACGUCUACGCUGGUCCAUUCGAUUGCGACGAAAACGGAAAAUGUAGUCCAGGAUUAACUUGCAUGGAUGGAGCAUGUGUCUUGCGUACCGAUUGUCCAAUGCUCUCAAUGCCACGCCUUAAAGCUGGUUGUAAAAUGGAGAUGAUUGUCGACGAACGAGAUUGCCCGAUGCCGAAAAUUGUAUGCGACAAGAAAAAUCUGAAAUGUGGAUCAAUUUUCUGUGAACCUGGAUAUGAGUGCGAUGGCAAAACUCUGAAGUGCGUGCCUAGAACGGACUGUCCGAGCAUUGCUCUUCCGGAAGAAGAGGGUUGCACUGAUAAAAUGGUACUGGACGAAUUCGAUUGCCUCAUCCCAGUGCGUACUUGCAAACCUGAGAAACCUCUACGACAAAGAAGAGAAACAACAACAACGAAAACUAGCGUGAACUGCCCGAAAAAUGCUGAAUGGCGUGAAUGCACCAAUAUUUGUCCGGAGAAAACAUGCGAUAAUUAUCUGCAGAAAUCCACUUGUUUCUCUCUACGAUGUGGACCUCCCGGUUGUAUGUGCAAAGAAGGACAUGUGCUGCUGUCUCACACUAACAAAGAAACAGGAUGCGUAACAAGGGAAACGUGUGUGAAACUCGAUUCAUUGAAGAAGAAUAUUGAACGAAACAAGCCAACAACCAGUCCCAGCAAUUAA